AUGCUUUCAGCCGCUGAAAGAAAAGAAAUCGACCAAGAGGUCACGGCCUUCAUGGCCGAGUUCGGCCACAUGUUUGGAGCCUCCCUCAGAGAAGGUAUUCAGAAUGAUGACACUUCAAACGAUGACACUUCAAGCAGCGACACUUCAACUAAGGAAACAAACACACGAGCUACAAGAAAUGGUACACAGGAGGACACUUUUCCAACUAGGCCAUCGGCCAGAUGCGAUAGAUUUGCACACUUCAGCCCAGAGCUCGCUUCACACGCCAGAGCAAUCGAACGCUACAACUUUCUCAAGCGCCACUGCCCUUGGAGCCAGGAUGAAGCGUUCAUGAAUAUGAUGUGUUCCCUGCACAAUCACCCACAGACUAUGGGACUUCCACCGAGUUCAUCUGAGCCUUUGGCCGAUGAGUCAUCUGACAAAGGUGAAGAAAGGAAGGGAAGUCCGUGUGGGAGUCAGCCCGAUGCCGAUGCUGAGACCAAGUAG